AACGAAGGCAACGAAUGUAGGUCGACUGCGGUGUGUAGAGUAUAUCACAUGCUAUCAGAUUGUAUAUACACAUGUACUUCAGAUACUACUGGCUGUUUACCGAAUGUGUCUGUAUUUUAAAUAUCGAGUUCAAAUUUGCAGCUUUAUUUGUGUUGAUCAUUGGACCAGGCUGACUGAUGAUUCUUGUUGAUAUAAACUCAAUUCAUGAGACUGUAAAGAGUUUGUCUCGAAUGAUUGCACUGCAAGUUGAAUUGAUUUUGGAAUACGAAUUAUAAGUCCCUGGAGUUUAACAUUGGAAUAAAGAUGUCAUCGUCUGCUGUCAGUGAUGGAGAAUGUGAACACAAAACCCGUACAAUUCUCUGGUGCAUGCCUCGGUCAGUUUCCACCGCUUUAACAAAAUGUCUUAGCUUCACACCUGACACACAUGUGUGGUUCGAACCUUACUGUUACUGCUCCCUCGCAAGGCGGGAAAUACAAAAUCGUCUGCAAGUCGACUUGCCGACCUUUUACCAUGGCAAUGAACAUACUUUUCACCAGGCAGCCAGCUUCAUGAACGAAUCAACAAGCUGUAAAUCAUUCAAAUCUGAAAGUCUUUCGUAUAACGAAGUGAAGAAAUCCCUUGAAAGUUGGUCAAACAAGCAUGUUUUUGUGAAAGACAUUGCAUUCAGCAUAGGUGAGAAUGAGCGUCCAUUCCUGCCGACGGGAUUUAAGCAUACUUUCCUCAUCCGACAUCCUCUGCGCUCCUUCUACUCCCAAAGGAAAAUGAUGUUCGAACACUGCUCCAAACUUGGGCUCUUGACCGGCGAAGCCGCCGAUGAGUCGACAUACGACCUCGAGCGGCAUAACCACUACAUGACCCCGGGUCUUUUCAUCAAGGACGUCUAUGACCUCUGGAAGUAUAUUCGGGAGAAUUUUGAUAGGGACCCCGUCGUGAUGGACGGUGACGAUCUGCUUGCGAACCCUUCCGAAAUGCUCCCGAAGUAUUGCCGAGCCGUCGGACUGCCUUGCGAAGAAUCCCGAUUGACGUGGGAUGCUUCGCUGAAUGUUGUGAAGACGUGGAAACUGCCUGCCGAUGAUCUCUUGGAGAACAUCGUAGCGUGGUAUGGAACUGCGACGAGGAGUAGCGGAUUCAAACCAGCCAAUAGGAUGCCUUCUCGUGACGAAGUUACUCGAGACGUCAUAAGAUGUACUGACCAAGUCUUGCCAUUUUAUGAAGAGAUGUAUGAACAUCGAAUGAAAGUCUAACGAAAAUGGUUAACAUUAUCUCCAUACAUUAUUACAGUGGUUAUUGAUUAUACUACAGAAAGCAAUGAACAAAAACCAAUAUUCAAAAUAAUGGACAAUGAUAGUAAAAGGAUAGUGUUGAAUAUAUAUCAUAUAUAUGCCUGUUGGCCACCUGCUUUUUGCACAGGUUAUGGGAUCGACGUACGAAAUCCUGUCCAGAUAGAUGUGUUACUUUCAUAAGAGAGAGCAUGGUGAUCAAACAAUAAAUUCUGCCAAUGAAACCAUUGCAUUGCAGUAAACGCCGCCUUCAGCUCCAAAAUAAAGAUGUAAAUUAAAUCCGCAUUUUUUCAUAGUGGCAACAAUCUAUAAAUCAGUAAGGGUCACUGCGCUUAAAGGGGUAUUCCAGGUUGAAUACAUAUUAUUUUGAAGGGAUAAAGUAAUAUCAGCAUCAAAAUCAGACAAGAAAAUCCCGAAGGAAAUAAGGUUAAUAACCUUAUUUCCUUAUUUCCUAAAAAAAAAAAUGUCAUAAUAUGACAUUUUUAUAUGCAUUUCUUCAUAAAUAUGCGAUUAGCACGAUGAUGAUGUCAUAUCUAUACCAGCUUGUUCUUUGAUAUUAAUAUGAAAUUAUAUUUAUUAAAAUUCAUGUCAACGAAAAAUGUAAAAAAGGGACCCAACAACUUAUUUGAUGCGUGAGAUAAUCAUUGCUAAAACUUAUUUUGUCACAAGGGAGACGCGCAUGCCCUCUUAAAACGAAUUAGUCAAAUUGACUAGACCAGUAUAGUCAGCUGGAUGCAACUGAUAUGGCAAUCACUGAUUAUCACAUUUCUGACAUAUAUUCUAGUCAGAAAAACUCUGUUUUAGUAAAAUACGACUAGAAUAACAGCUGCAUCCAGCUGACCUUAUUAACCAGUUGACUGAUUUGUUUAUAUAUGGAGUGUAUGAAAAACGAAAUAAACAUAAGAAAAGGGAAAGUGGGGACAAAUGACAUCAUCGACCCACCUACUGCAUAUUCAUGA